AUGGAUGAAGUGACGGAGCUGGAGCUGGGGGGCAACUCCCUCCUGAAGGCCGUGUGGCUCGGCCGGCUGCGGCUGACGCGGCUGCUGCUGGAAGGGGGGGCUUACAUCAACGAGAGCAACGAGAAGGGGGAGACUGCGCUGAUGGUGGCCUGCAUCACCACGCACGUCGACCAGCAGAGCAUCCACAAGGCCAAGAUGGUGAAGUACCUGCUGGACAACAGAGCCGACCCCAACAUCCAGGACAAGUCUGGGAAGACCGCCCUCAUGCACGCCUGUAUCCGGGGGGCUGGGGGCGACGUGGUGUCCCUGCUGCUGGAGAGUGGGGCAGACCCCAGCCUGGAGGACCACUCAGGAGCCUCAGCGCUGGUCCACGCCAUCAACGCCGAGGACAAGGCUGUGCUGCAGCGCCUCCUGAAUGCCUGCAGAGCCAAGGGGAAGGAGGUGAUCAUCAUCACCAUGGACACAUCAGCCUCUGGCGCCAAGACCGCCAAGCAGUACCUGAACGUUGCCCCUGCGCUGGAGUUCAAGGAGAAGGCUCCCCUCGAGGAGAGCACAGCCCCCUCCAGUGCCCACCUGAAAACUCCCAUCUCAGCACCUUCCCCUGCCGAGAAGGAGAGCAGCAUUCUCACCCCACAGCCUUCCCACACGGGGGAAGCUGAGCCACCCUCCCCGGGCCGCAGAGCUGGCACGGCCCGGAGAGCCCACCUGCCCCGCCUGAAGCGACUGCGCUCGGAGCCCUGGGGGCUGGUGGCACCCUCGGUGCUGGCCGCCUCUAGUCACCGCGACGACACGCGGCUCUGCGCUGACACUGAGGUCAUCACGGGCAUCGGCGACCUCUCGCUCUCCAAAAAGCCCUCCCUCACCCGCAGCAGCAGCAGCAGCAAGGGAAGGGACCCCUCUCUCUUCCCCCCAGUGGAUGAGCAGGCACUGGGGCCGCUGGCAUGGAAAGGCACCCACGAGAAGAGCCCAGGCACCCACCCGUGCCUGUCCCGGAGCACCGCGGUGCCGGAGGAGCCGGAGAGCGCCGGCUCGGCCGCGGGGAUGGACACCCCACACCGGUGGAGGGCAGGCACGGAACACAACGGGGACCCGCAGCUGAGCGAGGCGGGGAAGGGGCCGCCCGAGAGGCGGAGGCUGAGCGGCUCGCAGCUGGCCUUGCUGGAGGGCUGCUGUGACUCUCCGUCCGGCAGCGCCAGCGCCUCGCCCAGCACCGCCCGGCGCCGGCCGCCCGGCGUGCUGGAGAGGCGAGGAUCCGGGACCCUGCUGCUGGACCACAUCUCCCACACGAGGCCAGGAUAUCUGCCCCCGCUGAAUGUGAACCCCAACCCCCCGAUUCCUGACAUUGGCUCCGGCAAAGCCGCCUCCCCGCUGGCUGCUGGGCUGAAGACGCUGGUGCCCCUCACACCCAGCUCGCCCCGGCGGGGUGACCGGAGAGCCCACAGGAAGCUCCUCCGCAGACAUUCCAUGCAGGCAGAGCAGAUGCGGCACCUCUCCGAUUUUGAGGAGGUCGUGGCGCAGUAG